AUGAAGGAAUGGUGCUUGAGCAAUAUGACAGGAAUGGCAUCGUGCGGCUUGCUCGAGCCUGCAUUCCUGUACGUGCUCAAACAUAUUGAUCCGCUCAUCAUACCUCGACCCGCCGGCAGGAGGUUCAGCAAGCAUCUAGCGCAUGAACUUCAACAGAAGUGGAACGCCAUCGUCGACGAGUACAUUGCCAUGGGUGAAUUUCCGCGCUCGAGUUUCGAAGUCGAACGUGCUGCAAAGAUCGGGUACGGGAAUGGAGCCCUGAUCCGAGUUUGCGGAGCAGAGGAGUGUGAUAACGUUGAAGAGGGUGCAGACGACAAGUUCCGCUUCCGGCAAUGCAGUGGGUGUCACAUCGUCAGUUCAUUUCCCGUCGUUGUCAGGAGUCGACCUACUGAAGACUGGUUUCGUGUCGUUCAGUCGGUGUGCUGUAGCUCGAAGUGCCAGCGCUCCGCUUGGCCCACACACAAGAAGGCUUGCGGGUCUGAUACUCAUCUUCAGCAGAUGCUACCGUCCUAA